AUGGCAGGUUUAGAUUAUCUCCUUUUCGAAGAAGCUACCGGGUAUGCUGUCUUUAAAGUAUUAAUUCAACAAGAUGACAUUGCUUCAAGAUCUAAAGAAGUUCAAGAAGCUUCAAAUGAUUUAUCCAAAUUUUCUAAGAUGGUUGAAUUAAUUUCAUUUGCACCUUUUAAAGGUGCUGCUCAAGCUUUAGAAAAUGCCAAUGAUAUUUCUGAAGGUUUAGUUUCUGAUUACUUGAAAUCUAUUUUGGAAUUAAACUUACCAAAGACUUCUUCAAAGAAGAAGAUUUCUUUAGGUGUUUCUGAUAAAAAUUUAGGUCCAUCAAUUAAAGAAAUUUUCCCAUAUGUUGAUUGUAUAUCUAGUGAAAUUGCUCAAGAUUUCUUAAGAGGUAUCAGAGUUCAUGGUUCUAAAUUAUUCAAAGAUUUACAAGAAGGUGAUAUUGAAAGAGCUCAAUUAGGUUUAGGGCAUGCUUUCUCAAGAGCUAAAGUUAAGUUUUCAGUUCAAAAGAAUGACAACCAUAUUAUUCAAGCUAUCGCUUUAUUAGAUCAAUUAGAUAAAGAUAUCAACACCUUUUCUAUGAGAGUUAAAGAAUGGUAUGGAUGGCAUUUCCCAGAAUUGGCCAAGAUUGUUCCAGAUAAUUAUUCCUUUGCCAAAUUAGUUUUAUUCAUCAAAGAUAAGGCUUCUUUAAAUGAUGAAUCUUUACAUGAUCUUGCCGCUUUACUUAAUGAAGAUUCAGGUAUUGCUCAAAGAGUUAUUGAUAAUGCUAGAAUCUCCAUGGGUCAAGAUAUUAGUGAACAAGAUAUGGAUAAUGUUAUUACCUUUGCUCAAAGAGUAGUUAACAUUACUGAAUAUAGACAACAAUUGUACAAAUACUUAACUGAUAAGAUGCACACCGUUGCUCCUAACUUAUCUACUUUAAUCGGUGAAGUUGUUGGUGCCAGAUUAAUCUCCCAUGCUGGUUCUUUAACUAACUUAUCUAAACAAGCUGCAUCAACUGUUCAAAUUUUAGGUGCUGAAAAGGCUUUAUUCAGAGCCUUAAAGACUAAAGGUAAUACUCCAAAGUAUGGUUUAAUCUACCACUCUUCAUUCAUUGGUAAGGCCAGUGCUAAGAAUAAGGGUAGAAUUUCUAGAUAUUUAGCUAACAAAUGUUCUAUUGCUUCUAGAAUUGAUAAUUAUUCUGAUGAACCAACUACUGCUUUUGGUGAAAUAUUAAAGAAACAAGUUGAACAAAGAUUGAACUUCUAUGACACUGGUGCUGCUCCAAUGAAGAAUACUGAUGCUAUCAAGGAAGCUUUAGCUUUAAGUGGUGCAGAUAUUGCUGAUGGUGAUGUUGAAAUGAAGGAAGAAGUUGAAGAAAAGAAAGAAAAGAAGGAAAAGAAAGAGAAGAAGGAAAAGAAAGAAAAGAAGGAGAAGAAGGAGAAGAAGGAGAAGAAGGAAAAGAAAGAAAAGAAGGAUAAGAAGAGAAAGGCUGAUGAUGAUGAAUCACCAAAGAAGAAGAAGAAGAAGCCUAAGGACUAA